GAGCCCAGCGGGGGGGAGGCGGCGGCGGCGCUGGGAGCGGGGCGGCGGUGCGGAGCCCGGCGCAGCUUCCUGGUCGCGUGCGGGGAGCCCGGCACCUGCUCGGCGCGGCCCGCGGGAGAGAGGCGCCCCAGGCCGGGAGCAGCGGGGCGGCGCUGCCCCAUGGUGCGGCAGGCUAUUCAGCAAUAGUUAUGAACUCCCGGUUACGAGCAUUAGGUGGGAGGAUAAAUAAUAUACGAGCAUCAGAACUACCAAAAGAGAAAACCCGAUCAGAGAUCAUCUGUAGUGUCCACUUUUUGGAUGGCUCAGUGCAAAGCUUCAAAGUCAAUAAACAAGAUACUGGUCAGGUUUUGUUGGAUAUGGCCUAUAACCACUUGGGUGUGACAGAGAAGGAAUAUUUUGGUUUACAACAAAGUGAAGAGUCAGUAGAUUCCCCUCGAUGGCUCGAAUCAAGCAAACCUGUUAGAAAACAGCUUAAAGGAGGUUUCCCCUGCACCAUCCAUUUUCGAGUAAGAUUUUUUAUACCCAAUCCCAACACACUGCAGCAGGAACAAACCAGGCAUUUAUUCUUCUUACAACUGAAGACAGAUAUUUUGGAAGGAAGGUUGUUAUGCCCUCUUAAUUCUGCUGUUGUCCUUGCAUCUUAUGCCGUACAGUCACAGUUUGGAGACUAUAACUCUUCAGUACAUCUUUCAGGAUAUCUCUCAAAUUAUUGCUUCAUACCAGAUCAGAACGAAGAUUUUUUAACCAAAGUAGAGUCACUACAUGAACAGCACAGUGGUCUCAAGCAAUCUGAAGCAGAGUCCUGCUAUAUAAACAUAGCACGAACCCUUGAAUUCUAUGGAGUAGAAUUACACAGUGGUAGGGAUCUACAUAAUCUAGAUUUGAUGAUUGGAAUUGCUUCAGGAGGUAUUGCUGUGUACAGAAAAUUUAUUUGCACAAGUUUCUAUCCCUGGAUGAACAUAUUAAAAAUUUCCUUUAAAAGGAAAAAGUUUUUUAUACAGCAACGGCAAAAACAUAAUGAAUCCAGAGAACAUAUAGUUGCCUUCAACAUGCUAAAUUACAGAGCAUGCAAAAAUCUAUGGAAAUCUUGUGUAGAGCAUCACACGUUUUUUCAGACAAAGUCGUCACUACCUCAUGAAAGAAAGAUACUGUCCCAUUAUUGGACCUUUGGUUCUAGAAACCCAACAAAGUCUGUAAACAGCCACUACUUCAGAAAAGUCAUAGGUGGGAUGGUAUGGAACCCAACUAUGAGGAGAUCUUUAUCUGUUGAACAUCUAGAGACCAAAAGCCUGCCUUCUCGGUCUCCUCCUGUUACCCCUACUUGGAGGAGUCCUAGACUACGUCAUGAGAUUCGUAAACCACGACACUCAUCUGUCGACAACCUUACAAAUGAGAUUGCCUAUAUUACAGAAACAGAGGAUGUUUUUUACACAUAUAAGGGUUCUCCAACAUCAAAGGACAGUGAUUCAGAGUUCUCCCAGAACCGCAGUCCACGGAGGAGGUCAUCUGAACAAGAAUCACCAAAGAAUGUAUUGGAAAAUAGUCCAACACAGAACUGUCUGACUCAUACCUCACCUAUUGCCUUGUCCCAGUCUCCCAAUGGAGUUGGUAACUUUUCAGGCUCUUAUCCAUUGGAUGGGGUGGACAAACAGUUUUUAGAAACGUAUGAUAAUGUCACCAAAGGGAGCUUAACAGAAGAUUCCAGUCAGUACUACUGUGAUAAGAAUGAAGUAAUUGAUGGAGAUUUGCUUUUGGUGCGAAUCACUCCAGAUGAAGAUGGGAAAUUUGGAUUUAAUCUUAAGGGUGGUGUUGAUCAAAAAAUGCCUCUGGUGGUGUCAAGAAUAACUCCAGGAUCAUCUGCUGAUACGUGUAUUCCAAAACUGAAUGAAGGUGAUCAGAUAGUGUUAAUCAAUGGUCGAGACAUCUCGGAGCAUACUCACGACCAAGUGGUAAUGUUUAUAAAAGCCAGCAGAGAACUGCACACAAGAGAGCUUGCACUUCUGGUCAGGCGGAAAGUUGCUAAACCCUUGGCUGAGACCAAGUCAGAAGAUGAAGCAGAUUCCCAGAAUUUUCUAGAAUCCAUUAUUCGCACGUAUUCAGAGUACGGUGACACACUAGAGGGGACUAUGGAACAACUGAAGAAAGGUCUGGAAAGUGGGACAGUACUCAUUCAAUUUGAGCAACUUUAUAGAAAGAAGCCAGGGCUGGCUGUUAUGUGUGCAAAAAUACCUCAAAAUAUGGACAAAAAUCGAUACAAAGAUGUUCUACCUUAUGAUGCCACACGGAUAAUAUUGCAGGGAAACGAAGAUUACAUAAAUGCAAACUAUGUGAAUAUGGAAAUUCCUUCUGCUGGCAUUGUGAACAGAUAUAUCGCCACUCAAGGUCCUCUUCCACAUACCUGUGCAAACUUCUGGCAGGUAGUCUGGGAUCAUAGGUUAUCGCUGAUCAUCAUGUUGACAACCCUCACCGAACGAGGACGGACCAAAUGUCAUCAGUAUUGGCCUGAUCCACCAGAUAUAAUGGAGUAUGGAAACUUUCGUGUCAAAUGUCAAUCUGAAGAUUGUACUAUUGCCUAUGUUUUUAGGGAAAUGGUGAUUACAAAUAUUGAGACAGAGGAAGAGCACACCAUCACCCAUCUCCAGUAUGUUGCUUGGCCUGAUCAUGGUGUUCCUGAUGACUCCAGGGACUUUUUGGAGUUUGUCACCUGUAUGAGGCCAAAGAGAGUAGAGAAUGAACCGGUCCUUGUUCAUUGCAGUGCUGGAAUAGGCCGCACAGGUGUAUUGGUCACUAUGGAAACAGCCAUGUGCUUAAUUGAAAGAAACCAACCGGUUUAUCCACUGGAUAUUGUACGAAAAAUGCGAGACCAGCGAGCUAUGAUGGUGCAAACAUCAAGUCAAUACAAGUUCGUGUGUGAAGCUAUUCUUCGUGUUUACAAAGAAGGAUUAGUUCGACCACUGGAUUCCAGUUAGUACACCUGUGAAAGCGUUAAUUUCAUCUUCUAAAAACACUGGUUGUCAUAAAGCAAGGGUCUCAUUUCUGUAAGUGACUAGAGAAUUCAUCAAAAGCGCAUGGGAAGUCAGAUGAGCACAUUUGAGCUGUGGCACUUUAAAUUUCCGUAGAGGAUUACUAAAUCAUGUACAGUAUAUAGAAGACAUGUAUAUAUGUAUAUGAGAGCAGUUGUGCAUAAUAUGCAUUAUAUACAUACUGAAAAGAAAUAAUCAAGGAAACUUUAGUACAUAACCUGCAUCUUUUACUGCUGUAAAAACAAGUUUUCCUCUAGAAUUUACUUUUACCCUGGUGUUUACCAUUCUAAAAUACAAAAGGAAAACCAGCAGUAUUAAUAAAAAAGUGCCCCAGUUAAUGAGGUAUUGAGUGUCUUCAUCUCCUGUUGAAGUCCAUGGGAGUAGAAUGCUCAACACCUUGCAAAAUUGGGACCAGAAUAUUGAUAUACAAAGUAGAAUUGGUCAUAUUAUUUGGUUUAUAGAGCUUUGUCAAACAUUUUACAUAAAUUGAAUGCCAAGGGCUAAACCUUAAACAUGCCCAUUAAGAGCCAGAGCAAUUAAAGAAUUAACUCCCAUCAACCAGAUUGCAAAUAUGCCAGUUAUACUAAUAAACUUUUAAUAAAUCAAACAUAGCAUACCUGACACGCAAACUAAUGUUGCUUUGCAGGUUUUAUUGAGAUCUUACACAGCUUGAAUUUCCCGUUUUCUUGACCUUUCAAUAGUUUACCUAUUUCCUGUAGCCUCUUCCACUCUGCUCCUUUGCACCCUAAUAUGGUACUUCCUGUUUAUGCUUAAUUUCACUGCGUUUUCUUGUGGUUUUUCUCUUUAUAGACUGAACACAUUUAAACUAAAGGUUUAAGUCUCAUUUAUCUUUGUUUCCCAGAGUAUUUAUUAGUUCUCACAUGCAGGAGUGGACUAAUAUUGCACACCAACUGCUAAAUGCUUUGGCUUACUAUAAAUGCAAACUGGCCCAAUCCAGUAUUGGAAAAAAUGUACUACUGAACCUAUUAAACAUGUUGCUGCUAACUCGAGGUGUAAAACUUGCAAGGACACAGAGGCUACUAGUGUUCAGAUGAUAAAACAUUGACUUCAUUGCCAUUCAAUAGAAAUCUUAUUCUAAUUCAGUGGAAUGCAAUAGUGUAAGGUGCCUCUUUCAUAUUUCUUUCCUUUGUAUAAAUGCAAUUAAGUUCACAUGAAGACUUCUACGUAAAGAGAGAGAAUUUGUGCAUUGCUAAAUAACUCACCCUAAUGUACAAUGGUCUCAGUUUCAUUUCAAAGGGGAGAAUUAGACUUUCUGAACAAUAUAACCACAAUUGUAUGACAUUAAUUUAUUCUGAAUACACUUUUUGAUUGUCCUAGAUAAUUCUGCAUUUGUGAAUAGUGUGUUAAUUUUAAAAACAAAGUUCUAUGGGAUUGUAUAUAAUUCUGUUAUUUAAAGAUUCGUUCUAAAUAAGGAAAGUUGUCUAACAUUUAUAUUGGACAUAUAAGCCAGAUGUUUAUUUGUGUGUGUGGUUAAAAAAAAAGAAAAAAAUUCUAAUUUUCUCUUUAGAGAGAGAGAGAGAGAGAGAGAGAAAUUUUCUCUUUAUAUAUACACACAUACAUACACAUAUAUACACAUACAUUUUAGAACUAUAAUUUGUUUUAUGAAAGCUAUCAUUUGUAUUUGACAACAGAUUAUUUUAUAGAAACUUCUACACCUGGAUAUGCUGCAUCUUUAAAGACAUCCAAGAGACUUUUUUCAGAAGAUGGUUUGAAAGCAGGUGUAGUUCAUUCUAGAUCACUCACCCUUCUCUUGUGCAGAUUGGUCCCUUCUUGGAGAUUACAUCAUUAGUCGUAGUUGGAGGGAGAGAGUUUUUUGGUACUUUUCUUUAGUCAAGACUUUCAUGCUAUUCAGAACAAAUGGGGUUAUAUGGCAGCCUAGCUAAUGUGUAUCGGUUGAAGGGUGAGUAGUUUUUCAUAUUCUUUCAAAUAUGCUAUUCAAGAUUUAGCUUGAAUUGGUGCUUGUCAUAUAUUGAACCACUGUUAUCUGGUGGAUUAGGCAUGGAUUAGAAUUCUAGAGAGUGUUUCUAGCCCAGAUUCUGAUACUAUUUUGCUUUGACUGUGGCAAGUCAUUUAACCUCUCUGUGCCUCGGUUACCCCAUAUAUAAAAUGGGGUUGCUUGUGCUUAUUACUUUUGUAAAGCAUUCUGCAAAAAACGCAUGAAAAAGUGGUAUAUAUGUGCAAAUUAUCUAUUAUUAUUAUCCUUAUAAUACAGGACUUUUAGUGUUAAAAAUUGUUGCUGCUGCAUUACUGGAAAUUUGGCAACAGCAGAAGGCUCAAAGCACUAAAAGAGCCACAUCUCCCAUCUGAUUCACUGUCAGGAGGUUUCCUUUUAUUAUGUCUUUAGUCCCCAAUCAGCACUUUCAGAAGUAGCUCUGCCUCCUCCCCCACCCCCGCCCUCCAGGAGUGCUGCUUACAGUUAAUCUUACAGUCAAUUGAUAUUGUGACAGGAGCCAGAAAAGAAGUGGAGAAAAUAGUAUAAGAGAA